AUGGCCGAGAGAACCCAACCCCCGGCAACAGCUUGUGCUGAGCUUAUAUCUCUGAAUUACUUCUUUCAUCAGGUUCCCGUUCCCGUCGCUCGAAAUACAUUCGAUAAUUCUUCACUCCAACAAGAUUCUAUUUUACCUUUCUCCGAAGAGCGCAGGCUGACCGAAGUCCUUGCAUUUCUGGCAAAAACCACGGAUGGGUGGACUCAUAUUCCUGCUGUCUGUCUACAACAAGACCCGCUCGGCACUUCUAUGACUGUCAUCAUAGCAAUCAAUAAGAAGAGUUACCAUGAUGGAGAUGUCAUUCUACAAAGACUGAAGAAUAACUUCGAGGAGGUUUUCAGAGUGAUUCAAAGUCUGAACCACGGUCGGUGUCAACAAAAUUGCAUGGAGGGUUCAAAGUUGACCAUUUCAGAUACAGACGAUGAUGAGGCACCGAGGAAGAUCUUCAGCUCAAUCAUAAAAAUGUGCUCAUUGCGAAUACUGUGCCGGCUCAGGCUAAAGAGGGGAAAAGACAAAAAGUCCAUCCAAACUCUGCUAAAAGAGGCCAUUUUUGGGAUCCAACGCAUUGAUUCAGAGAAGCUCGCCAGUAGAGACUUGUCGAUUGCAUCGUCAACGUUCACCACCGAGGCAAAAAGUGUGAUGCAACUCGUUGACCGAUGGACAAAUCACCAGACCCCGGACAAGCUAGGUGAUCUUGUGGAGGGAAUACAUCACUUCAAACAGACAACGCCGCGAUUCCACACCUUGUUAGAUCUCAUCUCGAAUCAGCACAUGGAUCCUAGCUCCAGGUCCAGUUUACUGAACAUCAUAAGAAAGGUCUCCAGAUACUGGACAGCCGCAAGACAACUUCAUCGAGCAGCCAAGAAGUACCCGUUAGUGCGGGACAUGAAGGUUCAACCAGCCUGCCUGCCUGAGCAAGCGUUCGAGGGACAAACUGCCUCCAGCGAUAAAUUCAAUUUAGAUUCAGGUCUAUACAGACUUGGUAUUGCCAAAAAGCAGCAGAAUGAUGUCUCUCGGCUCUGUCAGAAUCUGAGAAUUAACGAAUCGGCCGCCCGCGCCAGGUAUGAAGAAGCCAAGAAGGCUCUUUCAGCACCCAAAAUCCACGCUGAAAUCCAAAUCAUCGCAUUUUGCGAGAUGCAAGCUCCAAAGCUAUUUCCGCGAACAGUCAGCUCGAGUAAGGAUGCAUGCUUUCUUUGCAACAGCUUCAUUCAGCUAUACGGGCGCAUCCACACCCCGAGAGGCCAUGGUCGGCUGUAUCCAGGCUGGAGACUGCCGAAUCUACCGCAGUUGGAAAUGCUGCAGCAGAGACUCAAUAAGAAACUCCUCGAGGGUUUGCAGAAGACUGUCUCAUUUGGUUUAGCUCAUGGGAAGCUGUCUAUUCAUCCGUGUCCGAAUGAGAGCAACAUUCUCACUUCAUCAAACUCGGGAACGGCAACGAGCGUACCGGAGCGUAUGUCGGAGAGCUCUGUCGGGGCUAGUUCCUCAGAUGAUUCGUCUGUCACUUUGUCCGGCGAUCCUCCGGAGUAUGGAUCAUUGUCGCCAGUCAACCCUGCAAACGAACAGAGCCUAUCGUGCAGUUCGAUACGUACCGUUUACUUGUCCGAGGGGGAGGCGACCAAACACUUUGUAAAAUACAAUCAGCCUAUUUGUUUUGAGGUCGCGGGCUCUCUUCGAGUCUAUUUUAGUUUCCAAGAAACUGCCCAGACAAAGACCGAUUGCAUCGGGUGUGAUGUCGAGAGAUUCACAGCCGCCUCCAUCGAGUCCUUGAGUAGGAAUUGUCCUCUUGUGGAUGUGAGGCAGUUGGAGGGUGAGGUUACAUUGCCGCUGUCGGGUGAUAAUGCAUUCUGUCUCGUUUCUGGGGAUGUGGCGUUGAAAAUAAAUACAAACAGAUGA